UGUCAACUUCCGGAUAAGAAUUGUGAGGCGUAUUUACCUGUGCAAUCUCUAUUUGUAUGGUUAAAGAAUGAUUGUAUGUGAAAAUCGUAGCAUCGUGAUUCAAAGUUGUGUUUAGAAUCUUCAAUCUGACCGUCAUCUGUUCUUAACGUUGAACGUGGUUUCCUUGUUUGGACAUUCAGAGCGACUUACAGCGAGCUUGUUCUUCGGGAACUAUUUCAGUAUUUAAAGACAUUUUGACAUUUUUUAUGAAUGAGAUAUUCAUCAAUGGCCGAAUAUUGCGACAUCCAGUUUGAUUGGGAUUGUGAUAGGGAUCCGAACACCAUCAUUGAUUAUUUUCAAGAAAGUGACGAGAAACAAAAUGUUGAUGGCCUUGAAUCGCUUUCUUUCCCAAGUAAGCUGGAAAUUUACAAAGGUGCAGAAAAUGAGAGCAGCAACUGUCACUUAACAGUCCGUUGCAAGUCUGUGUACCAUGUUGGAAUAACAGCAGUACAGAUUGUCAGUGAAUCUCGGAACAUGGAGGUCUAUGGACAAACUGAGGGGUACAUGCUUACAAUCCGAGGAAAGUCAGUUCCCAAUUCUGAAGAUGAUACUCGCUAUUAUAUUUCAAGUUUGUCUACAGAAGAACCAACAAAAUGCCUUACUUUUAAGUUCCUAUCACUGAAAGAUAGAACAUCAUUCCUGAUCAAGCGUCUACAGAUAACUCUUAUCCAGAUGGCGUCACAGAACAGUUCCUCUCAAAUGGACAUUGGUAAACUGAGGAAUCAUGUGAAAGAACUUGGAGAUAAAGUCUCGGAUAACGCAAAGUCUCUGCUGGACACCAUGGAACAGUAUCAAAAUAAUCAGCGGGGUGCACUAGACAAUGUUCGAACCAUGAUCUCUGAGAGCACAUUGCCACCUGACAAAGAAUCGUCAUUAUCUGGCAUGGCUGGACUGUUGUCCAUGUUUUCCAAGAUGAACAGUAGCGUGCCAAACAAUCCUCCCUCCGUGCCGAGGGGGGACAAUGGUGUAAACAAUCCUAGUGAUUUGGCCGGGAAUCUGUUGACCCACAUGUCCAUGAGUCAGAACGGAGACAGUUUACACAGCGAGGACAUGUACAAGUUUCUACAGUCAGUCUGCGGGAGGGUGUCGAAACUGCGGCACACUGAAAAAGCAAACCCUGAGAUAAUUUCCAAGAGUGAAGUUCCAGCACAGAACCAAGUGGACCCUGCUGUCCUGGAGGAAGUAUCAAAACGGAUCCAUUCAGCCGAAGAACGGAUCCUCACGCAGGUACAGAAUCAGAUGUCAGACAUGGAAGCCAGGCUGAACAGCAAGAUGGACAGAAUACUGCAGCUGUUGUCUCCAUCUGAAGAAUCGGUAUCAGAAUCGGAGGAAGAACCAGAUACCCCAGACAAAAUCCCUUCUCCACAACCGAUAGACUUGGACUAAUCUUCAGUUCGUAGCCAAAAGACACAAUGAAACCUUUAUAUUAUGUUCAUCUGGACACAGUUGUUCUCAGGACAAAUUACUUUUAAAGAAUGUUAUUUGUUCUUUCACAGAAUGGUCUAGAAGGUGUUUAUAAUAUCAUCAGAAUGGUCUAGAAGGUGU